AUGAAGCAUUCGAGUGCCGUGUACACUUGUUUGUCUCCGUUGACCAUCCUUGCAUCAACUGUGUUUGGACAGGUGGUUCGAUGGGAUAUUCAGAAACACCAUCAGGCGAACGGGCUCCAAACCCGGGCCCGAACCCUCCAGUCGGAUGUAUCCAAUGAACAAAUUCAAGGCGGAUAUUUUGUGGCGGUCAAAAUCGGAACACCUGGUCAAGAGCUUUCUCUGCAGCUCGAUACUGGUAGCAGCGAUGUCUGGGUGCCGUCUAACAAAGCUCCCGUCUGUGUGGACAAAACUCAAGGCGGCUGCCCUUUUGGCUCCUUUGACCCUGAUCGGUCCAGAACAUUUGAUGUCCUUUUCGCAAACGGAUUCGACGUAUCCUACCAAGACAAUAGCUCAUCAAUUGGCGACUACUUUACAGACAAGCUAGAAAUAAGCUCGAAAUCAGUAGUGGACUUCACCAUGGGCCUGGGGAGGAGAACGGACAUAUCGUUUGGGGUGAUAGGAGUUGGCUAUGCUGGAGACGAGGCAUCGACGGAAACAGCAGAUACCAUAUACCCGAACCUGCCGAUAGCUAUGCAGGAGGCCGGAAUCAUCAAUUCUGCUGCCUAUAGCUUGUGGUUGAAUGACCUGGAAGCCAGCACAGGAAGUAUUCUCUUUGGGGGCGUCGACACUGAGAAAUAUGUUGGAAACUUGACAAGACUUCCAAUACAACCUGAAAAUCGACAAUUUACCCACUUUAUUGUUUCACUGUACUCUCUCGAGGCUACUAGUUCUAGUGGAAAUGAUGUUUUGACGUCAAGAGAGCUACCUAUGAAGGUAGUGCUUGAUUCUGGCACAACUCUUAGCUAUUUACCUCCGGAUAUAGCAGCCCAAGUCUGGAGCGAAGUAGGAGCAACCUACGAUGAGAUCUCUUUCCAGACAGCCAUCAUCCCGUGUUCUUACGCAAACCAUGUUGGCAAUUUUUCUUUCGUCUUCUCUGGACCUGAUGGUCCACGCAUUAAUGUCGCUAUGGAUGAGCUUGUCUUGCCAUUGACGACUGGGAAGCCACCGACGUUCUCAUCAGGCCCUCAUAGUGGCCAAGCUAUCUGUGAGUUUGGUAUCCAGAAAUCAUCGGAAACGCCGUGGCUUCUAGGGGACACAUUUUUACGAUCUGCCUAUGUCGUCUAUGACUUGAUAAAUAAUGAAGUCGGUAUUGCACCAACUGACUUCAACUCGACAAAGUCAAAUGUCAUGGUAUUUGCGAGCAAGGGAGCAGCCAUACCCUCGGCCACUUUAGUAAAUAAUAGCAGUCAAUCGGGAACACAGCCACGACCAAACCAAACAGGUCAAUCCGCUGCAAAAGGAUUUCAAGAAGGCAGUUCGGCUUGCUCCCUUGAACCGCUGUCAGUUUCUUCAUCGGCUCUUAUCAGCAUGACGAUUGCUGCCCUGUUGAUGGGCAGCCCAAGCUUCAUAUAUCGAUAA